CUUCGUUUUUCAACAUGGCGGAGAUGUUGGAAGUAAAUAGAAAUGUAUUGGCCUCCUCUUUGUAGCCGAAUCAUUGAUUCGGCGAAGAAGGCAUGACCCCGCAUCGAGGGAGUAACUGUUCGCAAUAUAAAGGGAGGGGGGUGGCUAGAAGAAGCAGCAGCGGUGGGUGAUCCCCGCAGUGGGAAGGAGGCAGCGUGGCGGGGGAAGGCCCCGAGCGGCCGUCCGGGGGCGAGAUCCGGGUUGGGCCCGGGCACCAGGCACGGCUGCCCGAACUGCGGCCCGCCUACGAGCCCCCCGGCAUGCCCCGCGAGGAGCUGCGCUGGACGCCCGGGGUUCCCGACUGCGACCUCAUGAUGUACCUCAGGGCCGCCAGGAGCAUGGCGGCAUUUGCGGGCAUGUGUGACGGGGGCUCGGCAGAGGACGGGUGUUUGGCGGCCUCACGGGAUGACACCACCAUCAACGCACUGGACCUGCUGCACGACAGCCAGUAUGACACGGGCCGUGCCCUGCAGGCUCUGGUCAAAAACCCCGUACCUCGUGGCCUCGAUAAGAAGUGGACCGACGAGGACCAGAAACGCUUUGUCAAGGGCCUGAGGCAAUAUGGCAAAAACUUCUUCAAGAUACGCAAGGAGCUCCUCUCACAUAAGGAGACGGCUGACUUGGUGGAGUUCUACUACCUGUGGAAGAAGACCCCAGGCGCGGCGACUUCCCGGCCUCACCGGAGACACCGCAGGCAGAACGUGCUUCGGCGAAACAGACCAUCAUCCCGACUGACCAAAGUGGCGCAGAAUGAAUUCGCUGAUGCGAGUUCAGCAAGCGAAGAAGAGGAGUCUGCUGAUGAUUCUGAUUCCCGGGAAGUGCCAGCCUACAUGUGCCAGAGCUGCCUUGCUACCAGUUCAAAGGAGUGGUUCCAGACGGGCAAGGAGGGUUCGGUGCUCUGCUGGGACUGCUGCCAGCAGAAGAAGGGCACCGAAGCGGUGAGACCCCUCUCGUCCAACGAGGGGGACGGUGCCUCGCCGUUCCUCUUCAAGCCUGUCGACGGGGACGCGCUCAAUGGCAAGCAUGUCAUGCGUACCCGACGGAACAAAGAGGAUGACGGCGAUUUCCACUUCCGAAAGACGGGGCGGGGUUGGCUUACUAAUAAAAACCAGAACCAUACGAAAGGCCGGAGUAAACAUGGCAGCAACAACAUUGGAGGUGAUGCAGCAAGCCCAGAAAACAUGGAUGGAGCGCUCACUGCCAACAACCGCGCAACGCUCGGAGGGCGCAAGUCGCCCGCUGCCAGCACCGCUGACAAGGACAAGAAAAAGAAGACGAAUCCCGACACUCCUACAAAAGGCAAGAAAAGAGGUCGCGACGACACUGCCCCUGCAUCCAAUGCGCUCCCCACGACACCGACAACUCCCAAUGCUUCUCCGACUGAGGACUCCACAGAAGCGACAGCGGCCACCACCGCCAUCGUCGUGACUGCGCCAUCGCCGGUCAACGAGGAAGAGGACAAGGUGACCUCGGCAUCCAAGAAGAAGAAGAGUGAGGCAGCCGAGAGCCCCGUGGACUCGCCGGGGGGAGCCGAGGGCCUGUCAAGCCGGAGCAGCAGUGUCGGUGGCGGUGCUGCCUCCAACGAAGAGAAUGCCCAGGAUGAACCUGAGGGGACGUCAGUCAGCCCUCCCAGCGUGUCGCCGUCUCCAACUGUGGCCCCAACUCCGGCGGUAGUGCCGCCAGCGACGAGCAUUGCCGAAGAGCCUUCGCAGGCUGCAUCAAUGCCACCUCAGCUACCAUCACCAGUGGAAGAAGAGCGACCAAGCUCUCAACAGCCGGAACCUAGCCCUGUUGCAAAUGAUGGGCCACCAAAGGAAGCACGGUGUAGUCCAGCAGUGGUGGAAGAUGCGCCCGUGGCUCUUCCCAUUUCACGGCCUCCAUGUCCCUCGCCCGUCUCUCUGGUGGUGCCCAGCAUGCCGAGCCAAGUGGCACACCUGGAGCGCUCUCCACAGUUGCUCCCGCCACGCAUGUCACCACCCGUGCCACCACCUGCACAUCAGCUUCUCGGCCGAGGGGUGCCCACACCUCCGACACGAAAUCUGACGCCAUCGCCCAAGUUGAUGAUGUCCGAGGACAAGUUUGACCAACUGCUUCCUCAGGCACCGCCCACCCUCUCUCUGCCAGACCCAAGAGAGAAAUCACCGGCAGCACCUGCUGAUGCUAUGCCAUUGUCUCUGAUCAAGAUGGAAGUGGAAGAGUCCAAGCCACUUCGACUGGUGUCGUCCCCGUCAUCACGUGGCCGGCCGACUCCUCCACUUCCAAUGCCAGGAGGCAUAAACCCGUCUCUAGCGGCCCUGUCGGCCAUGCCACCGCCGCCUGUGGAGCCUCUGCUACCAUCAGGCAUGAUGCCCCCCACGGUUAAGAGCCACCUGGUGCGCAUAAAAGAAGAAAUGAGCGGACCACCCACAUUGCUCAUGGAAGGACCACCCAGGGGUUUGCCCCCUAAUAGUGGCAAUCGUAUCUCUCCGCUUCCACCGGAGGCCACACAGUCAUUGGCUGCCACCGGUCCACCACUGGGGAUGCCCAGAGGCCUGUCUCCUCUGGCGUCCCUUCCCCCCUCGUCCUCCUCGUGCUUGCCAGCAUCUUCUCUGGCGGCCGCUGGCGCCUCGGCUCCCCCUCGGUCCUCGCCGUCUUCCGUGGUGUCCGGAGCCCCCGUGGAAUACCCGGGACCACCCCCGCACCACGUCAAAACUGAGCCCCCGCCUUCUCCUCCGAAAGAGCGUCUGAGCGCGCCUUCCCCUCCUCACCACAUGCCCUCCUUUUCUCAUUCCUCCUCACCGGCCCACGUCAAGUCGGCGCCCUGCUCUCUUUCCGUGCCGACCCCUCCAACGUCCACCCCCACCUCUUCGGCUCCUAGCCACCACUACCCCUUCUCGCCCCCUCUGUUUGCCACCUCCUCUGUGGCGGUGUCCACGGCCGCCUCCCCUCUGGGCGGUGGCUACCCGAGUCCGCUGGUGACUGCUGGUCGACAGCCGCUGGGAGCGCCUCCGCCCGGUGCACCUCAACAGAUGCAUCCGGGAUUCCCGUACCCCGCCUACUUCAGCCCCCAGCUCUACUCUCCACACCUUCACUUUCCUCAGACGCAUCCUCAGUUUGCCCCUCCACCCCCUGCACCCCCGCCGCCAGCGCAUCAGGCGACGGCGCCGCAGCACCAUUCAAAAACGCCCCCUUCGCGCGCCCCCGUAUCCAUGCCGCUCCCUCCUCAGCUUCCGCUGGACGGCGGAGGCGGGGGAAGCGGGCAUCGGGUGGCCCCACCUUCCCACCACGGGGGCUCCGGCGGCCACCACAGUGGCGGGCUGUCGUCGCAUCACGGCGGCGGCAGCUCCCACCAUGGUGGCCCCCCAGUCCACCAUAUUGUGCCCGAAGAGGAGGAGGAAGAGCCCGAGGCCCAGCAGCUGGUGAGGGGACCCAGCCCCGAGCCCAAGGUUGAAGACAGCGAAUGCCACCGCAGCCAGUCCGCCAUCUUUCUGCGGCACUGGAGUCGAGGAGAAUUCAACUCUUGCGCUCGCACGGACUUGACCUUCAAGCCCGUUCCUGAUUCGAAGCUGGCGAGAAAAAGGGAGGAGAGGGCACGCAAGGCAGCCGAGAAGGAAAGGGAAGAAGCCAAGCAACGGCUCAGCUCCUUGGAACACAGGAGUGGGGCGUCCGAGAGCAAAGCGGGCCCCAGCGGCCACCCAUGCGACUUCCCCCCUGGUGCGAAUCCCUAUAGGACAGCACCUCAGCGCGGUGCAGCAACCAACCCAUACGCGGCAGCGGCAGCUGCGGCUGCCGCCGCGGCAGACACCCCUGCGUUGCGGCAGCUGAGUGAAUACGCCCGGCCGCAUGCGGGCUUCUCACCCAGUGGGUACCCCUCGGCUAGGGCCCAUCCAGCAGCCGCUGCAGCAGCAGCGGCCGCUGCUGCCAUGGACCCCAUGAUGCUACACUACCAACUGGGCAUGUAUGCUGCAGCAGCUGCUGCCUCGAGAGAGAACAGUCUGCGUCUGGACCUGGAGUUGGAGAAACGCGAGCUGCAGGACAAGCUAAAGGCCGAGCUGGAGCUCAAGUCACGGCUCCCCCAGGCAUACGACCCGCACUGGCUGGAGCUGCAGCGGAGGUAUGCGGCUGCGGCGGGGCUGGGAGCGGCCGGGGGUGCACUGGGGGCCGCUGCGGCGGGCAUGUCCCCCUUUGCACUCUACGGGGACCAGAGAGACCGGCUGGGUUUACCCCCAGACGACCGGCUCCACCCGGCCGCUGACCGCCUCGCCCUCGCUGCCGCCGAUCCCCUGCUGAGGUUGCAGAUGGCAGCAGCUGUGGCCAUGGCGAUGCCCCCCGGUGGGGAGCCCCCUCCCUCGGCCGGGCCGUACGGAACCGGGUACCCGCCCGGUGGUCCAGGUGCAGCACCCCCAGGGAGUGCUGGUGGCCCUCCUCGAGGUGCGCCGCACGGACCACCGCCGGGUGGCCCACGGCCACAAGACCUGAUGCACCCUGCUGCUGCUGCUGCGCUUAUGCGUUCUUCCUACGAGGAGCAGCUUGCACAUCAGAUCAAUGCAGCCCAAGUGGCGGCCGCCCAGCAGCAACAGCAGCAAGAGCAGCUGCAGCGGCAGUUCCUGCUCGAGCGUGAGCGGCUUGCCCACCUGAGCGCCCUGGGCGCAGCUCAUGCAGCCUCGGCCCACCAGGCACAGGCUGCACAGCUGCUGCCCCAGCAUGAGGAGUUCCUACGGUGGCGCCCCACAGUCCCAAGGCAAGACUUGUCCAGUGACUGUAGCGCCACGGCUCGUCGCUGCAGCCAACAGCAGCAGCGGGAGCGGGAGCUGAAGCUCAGGACGCUGGAGGAGGCUGCCCGCGGUGGCCGGCCGCCUAUCAACUGAGCGGCCGGAGCAGCAGAUGCCGUCGUCGACCGUGCGGCCACCGCCGCCCACCCUUCUUGGCAACAGUUCCCAAGUAGCCUGUCCCCUUCCCGUGGUGGUGCUCUCCAUCGUCGCUGAGGCCGGCAGCUUGGAACGUGCAAUCGCCGUCGACGAGACGGCUGUCCCCUGGCCGGUCUUUCCACCCCACCCCGUACCUCUUUGUCAGCUCCUUUGACCUCCACCAACACAAUCAGGCUUUAUGUGCCAGCCAAAGCUCGAGAAAUGGGGGGCAAAGGUGUGGCCUUGGUGAAGUUUGGUAUCCCCUUGUGGCAAACCACACACGUUAACUAACUAGGUGGAGGGCACAAGAAGCUGUCAGACAAGUGCUGAGCUCCCAUCUUCAAGUUUAUCUUAUGAACUGAGCCACUAGUGUUCCUGGUUAUGCAGGCACACCCUUCUGGGUUAUGCGUUUACUUCUAUGGGAGUUUCAACUGUAAGAGAGGUUACUUGGAGUGCUUGGUAAUCGCCUUUUUGAUCAAGUGUGCGUCAAGCUCUUCACGUGCUGUGGUAGCACAAUUGAUGCCAUGGCAUUCAAGUGGUCAAAAUUUCUGGAGCCCUCCACUACGGUGUGUCUCAUAAUCAUAUCGUGGUUUUUGGACGUAAAAUUGAAGAUAUUAUUGGUUGGCCAUGGCAUAAUGCUGCCAAGUUCAAGCCCAUAGACUGAAAAAAUGUAAUCGGAGGUAUUUUUUAUUGUACGAAAAGGCCGAUGACCACCGUAUCGGUGUGGCUCUUGUCCCUUUGUCUGCUUCCAUUGAGGGUACAACAGUUCCUGUUGGAGCCACUUGUGGCUGUCUUUACGCUUUGCCUCCUCCUUUAAUCUUGGGACACCUAUGUGUGCUAGACAAUACGUGAGUUGUUGGGUGUGUUGAGAUCAUCUGAAGGAGGCAUGGGUUUAAGACAGCCAUAAGUGAAAGCAAGCAAACUGCAUUAUUGAACUGCUUCAUGUCAGCAGUACCUCGACAAAAAUUCGACUGAGUGAAUCGCUUUACAGAAGUUUGUCGCAAACUUAGCAGUGCAUUCGUAACUCGCAGGCCCACAGUUGCGAUAUAGAUCUUUCUUGCGUGUACCCGGUGAUUCGUUUUAGAUAACAUGUUGUCGGCCUCAAAAGGCAGGACUUGCGCUGCCAAUGAUUGCCAUUAUGAUUUUAUCUGGCCUGUGGACAACUUAGUUAAAUCAGAGUUAUAUAGACGGCGGCAUACUAUAGCAUAGAUGUCAGGAGAAAGGCUAUGCCUCAUGCUGACUCGGCACUCGUCUGUUCCUUCUCGUGUUCUCGGGUCUCCAAAGUGGGCACACACCGGUUUCACCGCAAUUUCGGAUAGGGCAGGCUGUGCGACGAAGUGUGGAAGGGGGUGCUUCUUUAAAAAAAAAAAAAAUGUUCCACCGACGAUUGCGGCAGUGUGUGUGCGUGUGUGUGUUAGCAAACUGCCGCUGCUACAACGACUUUCACCCGACUCCCUUAAUGCGAUGGCAUUUCGGACUCCUCCUCCCUUCCUGCAAUCCCACGUGAGGACAAAGCGGGGGUCGUGUCGUCAUCCCAGCCUGCUUCAUGUCCCUGAAUCUGUUUCACUCCAGCAAGGAUCCAAGUUUCUUUGUGACUGAGGCAAGCAGAGUCAUUCCUCGAAACCCUAAAAGAAAGAAGGUGGCACGUUUUGUUUCUAGUUUUAUUUUCUCGUAAAAGUUAUUUUCUACAUGUAUGUGAUGUACACGAAGGCAGAUGUGUUAUAUAUGUAUAUGCACGUUUUGUUUAUUGUUUUAUUCUUAUCCGAAAAAAAAGUGACAUUUGGCUCUCUUUGAUGUGUAGGUAAUGAACUUGUCCUGUAUAGUGUUUACUACCCCCUCCCUUUUUUAAGCAUUACUUUUUAAUUGUUCGGUUUUUAUAUAUAUAUAUAAUUGCACAGAAAGCUCGUUUUUAUGUGCGAAGUGGCCGUCGGCACAGCGCCUCAUUUUGCGGAGGUGUACUUUUUAAAUUUUUUUUUACACUUUGCAUGCAGAGGUUUUUUACUAGUCAAGAAAGAGAAGCCCGCCUUUUCCUUUCUCGCAAGGCUACAAGAUGCUCGGCGCUGCGGCGUUUUACUAUUCCUUUUACGAACUUGUGCCGCCAGCCAUGGCAAAUGUUUUUUCAUUAUUAGCCUCACCUGGCAUCUAGGACCACGGAUGUGUUAUGCAAUUGCUCCCACCCUCUUUGUGUUCCCCCUUUUUUUUAACAUGGUGACCAGAGUCGGCAAAGAAGAAAAAAACACAAAUGCACAGUUGUGGUGUAAUAGGUAAUUUGAAAGAAUUGUCUUUCUCUUUUCCCUCAGAUGUGGUUUUAUAAAGUUGCGUGUGCAUUUUGGGCAUGCUUGUUUAUUUGUGCAAAAGUAAUUCUCCUGGUGCCAUGUAUGUACGUGUGCGAGUAUUCUUGCAAGAUUUCAGUGGAGGUACGAGUAGUAGUAGUGGCUGGCUUUUUAUUUUAUUUUUUAAUUUAGGGUCGUCAGAUGCAGUCGGUUUGAGCACAGCAGGUCAGCUGUACGAAAGCUUGUGCAAGAAAAAUAUAUUGUGGUCCACCCAACUGUAGCCCAAAAUUGCAGAAGCCUACACGAGCGUCUUCAAAUGAGUUAAAAAGAGAAAUUUGUCUAAGUCUGGGUAAAGAAUUAUAGCUGACCUGGUGUUUGCAACCUAUGCUUAGUAGAUCGAGGCCAAAAUGGCUGAGGAUAGACAUGGAGCAUGUCCGAUUAGUUUUUUGCUAUUUUUCUGGGGCAAGUCGAAGUGUUCUUUCUGCAAAACUUUUCUAGGUUUUCUGGGUACCUUUGUGCUACAGACAAGUGGAGAAAAAUUUUAGCUUUUGUCAUUUCAGGCAGCAUGCAUAGCUUUGUGGUGAUCAGUACAGUUAACGAAUUGAUGUUAUGCAUUGUGUCUGAAGCAACGAGCAGCCUUGCGCUGUGUACUAAUCCUCAGACCAGGCAUCUUGUUAAGAGUUUUUUAAACCAAAUGCACAUGCCCCAUUUUUAACUCGUGGCAUGACACUGUUUAUGGCAAUCGACAGUUUCAGGACUUGGACAUCGUGAAAAGCAUCUUAUCGUGCUUUCGAUCUUGCGGUACUUGCUUGACAAUGUCAUGGUUUUUUCGUAGAAAGGGAAUGGGACGAACCGAUAUUCAUGCUUGAUUUCUGUUCUGCGAGAUUUUCGUGGGCCAGCGACUGCAUGGUUUGUGUAUAAUAUAAUUUUUUUUAGGUAAUGCAGCCUGUACAUAAUUCACCUGUUUGUUGUGAGAGGAAAGAAAGGAAAAACAAAAUGCAACUGCAACGUUUCACUGUACCAGUGGGUGGUCUGUCAAGUCGUUUUUAUUUUCUGCAUUGUUUCAUUUAUUUGCCUUUAUGAAUUGCUAGAUGAACCUUUCUCUGACUUCUGCAACGUGCACUGCAUGCACGCUUUUGUUGUCGCGUAGUGCGCAUAUCAACCAUGUGUCGCGCGUCUCACCAGGAAUGCAAUUAUAUGCAAAUGUGGGUGUUCUCCCCUCAACAACAAAACGAAUGCACUUAAAGAAAAAAAAAGCGUACAUAGCUUUUCCAUGAAACAUUUCUUUUUAAAUGUCAAUGCAAAGACAGGCUACCCCAUCACUACUACUACUACUAUUACUACUACUACUACUACAACUACAAGAACAAUGCAAAUGGGGGAAAAAAGUCAUCAACCGCCACAGUACAACAACAAAAAAAAUAGCGUGGUCUUUAGCCUUGUGGUUGUUCCCCCUACUUUUGAACUGAGGGGAGCCCGCAGGAGGAGCAAGCAUACGCUGAGAUGUGAACUGCAUCUGUACAAAGUGUUCCAUCCUUCACACUUUUUUUUUGCUCUCCGUCGUUCCUGGUCCCCUUUAUCGAAGAGGAAAAAAAUGAGAGAAUAGGAGAAAAACAAAAGGUGGCAAAGUCGGUGAUCGACUAACACCCGAAACGCCACAGCGGCUUCUUCGGCGAAAGACAUUCUUUUUGUGUGCGUGUGUGUGUAAAUAAAUAAAUGUGCUCGUUCAGA